AUGAUCUAUAAGUCAUUAGUUGCUAUGCUUGCCACCCAGCUUAAUCACCUUAUCGAGAACAAAACUCUUGUGAAUGGUUGUAUCCUUCGAUUGAAGAAGUAUGUUUGCCACAACGUACAAAAAGACAAGUGCGUAAUUAUCGUUCUUGAUGUUGAGGUUGUGGGCGUAGAUGAUGAAAAUUCCGCCCCGCAAACUAACCAGUCGCCUAAUAAAGCGCCAACAAGUGCCGCGCAGUCAUCAUUUCAGCCCACACUUGAUUUACCCAAAACACCCACCAAGUCGUUGUCGAAGCCGUUCAUGCCUGCCAGCCCGGACACACCUGGAGGAACAUCUGGCCGCGUUUUCGCCAUCCAGAGUCUGAAUCCCUACCAAAGUCGCUGGACUAUUCGCGCACGCGUUUCUCAAAAAGCCACCAUCCGAACCUGGAACAAAAAUGGUCGCGAGGGCAAGCUCUUCAGCUUCACUUUGCUUGAUUCGAGCGGCGAGAUACGUGCGACAGCCUUCAACGCAGAAGUUGACAAGUUCUACGACAUGAUUGAGGUAAACAAAGUGUAUUACAUCAGCAAGGCGACCUUAAAGCCCGCUAACAAACAGUUCAAUACAACCAAUAACGACUACGAAAUGACCCUCAAUAGUGACACGCAAAUUGUGCCAUGCGACGACGGCGAGGAGGUGUCGGUGCCAUCGACGUCAUUCAACUUUGUCCCGAUUGGUAAACUUGACAGUUACCAGGCCGGCGAUUUUGUAGACAUUGUCGCUAUUGUCCACGAAACCGGAGACCUCUCCACAGUCGUAACCAAGGCUGCGCAGCGUGAACUACAGAAGAGAGACCUCGGUCUGGUGGACGAUUCUGGGUGUCUGGUGAGGCUGACUUUGUGGGGCAACGAGGCGGCGACAUUUGACGGCUCCAAUCACCCCGUUGUUGUCGUCAAGUCGGCAAAAGUCAGUGAUUUCAACGGUCGGUCGCUCACAACGGUGGCUCAGUCCUCCAUCAUGGUGUCGCCCACUGGCGUGCCGGACGCCCUUCGGCUCAAGGGGUGGUACGAAAGAGAGGGUGGCAAUUCCAUGAACUUCGAGACCUACCGCGGCGAGCUCACGGUUGACGGCGGUUCUGGCGGCGGCUCUCGCGACUGGAACCUCCUGUCGGAUCUCGAGGCGCCUGGCAUCGGCACACAGGCCAAACCCGACUUCUUCACGUGCAAGGCUAGCAACCGUUACGCCUGUGUUACCGAGGGUUGUCAAAAGAAGGUUGUCGACUUGGGGAACGGCCUGUACCGCUGUGAAAAGUGUGGUCGCGAAGUCCCCACGUACAAGUGGCGCCUGCUUCUGUCGGUUAAGAUAUCGGACAUGACAGGCGAACAUUGGAUUACGUGCUUCCAGGAUACUGCUGAAACCAUUUUAGGGCGCAGCGCUGAAGAUUUGGGAGCCAUCAAGGAAUCUCAAAACGAAGCUCAAAUGGACAAUGUUUUCGUAAAUGCCACGUUCAAUUCGUGGUUGUUUCGAUUGCGCGCCAAGAUCGACAACUUCAAUGACGAGUCAAGGUUGCGCAUAACCGCAGUUGAGGCCAAACCUGUCGACUUCGCCGACUAUGGGCAACAACUGCAAAAGCAAAUCGACGCGCUUGUUCCUUCCCUCCCCGCCGAAUUAACCUCCGAUGAAGCAAUGGCCUAG